GAACUCUCCACAAGGGACUAUAAGAGGAGAGAUUAGGAAAGGGGUACCCACAAAGCCCCCAAGGCUGCUGCAGACAUCCACUUGCCUACUUGCAGCAUGGCAUUUCUCUUUCAUGGUACUUUCCUCCUGCUGCUGGUCUCCAUCCGUGGAGGUCCAGUGCUGGGCGCGGAAAUCGUGGGAGGAAGACAAGCUGUGCCUCACUCUCGCCCAUACAUAGCAUCUCUGCAGCAGCGCAAUCACUUCUGUGGGGGGACGCUGAUCCAUCCUCAAUUUGUGAUGACUGCUGCCCACUGCCUGAGUGGCAUGAACCCUCAGCGUGUGCAGGUGGUGUUGGGAGCCCACAACUUGAAAAGGCGAGAGCCCACCCAGCAGAGGUUUCAAAUCCAGAGAGUCUUUGAGAACGGCUUCAACCCUCAGACUCUGCAGAAUGAUAUUGUAAUCCUGCAGCUGAACCGCAGAGCUACCAUCAAUGCCAAUGUCCAGGUGGUCCAGCUCCCCCAGCAAGGCCAGAACUUGGAAGCUGGAACCCAGUGUCUGGCCAUGGGGUGGGGCCAACUGGGCAACAACAGAAACCCACCUUCGAAGCUGCAGGAACUCAAUGUGACCACUGUCACCAGUCGCUGCCCCAGCCACAACCUCUGUACGCUGGUACCCCGACGCCGAGCCGGAAUCUGUUUUGGAGACUCUGGGGGACCCUUGAUCUGUAAUGGAGUAGUCUACGGCAUCGACUCCUUUGUUCGAGGAGGCUGUGCCUCUGGCUUCUUCCCUGAUGGCUUUGCCCGGGUCUCCCAGUAUGUCCAGUGGAUUAACUCCAUCAUACGGCCUCGGAGAAUCCACGCCCAGUGGUCUUGGAGAAGGAAAGCCACACGGAGGGAGGGGCUUUUCUAACCCACUUUACCCUCUCCCCACCAUGCUGCUGCAUACAUAUGUAUACUUUCCCAUACCAUAAAUGUCACAAUAAAACUGUCUCCCAAUUGUCUUCUCUAGUUGGCA